AUGCAGUGGAGUCAACUUCUGAAGCAGCACAUACAAGUACAGAACGAUUUGUCAAUGGCGUUAAGGCGAUUGUUAGACACUCCAAGAGAAAGGGUCCAAUGCCGAGGAGAAAGAAAGGUACGAGGGAGUCGUACUAAAUCACCUGAAGACGACAUAUGGCAUGGAUUUGGUGACGAUCCACCUACUGAUGAGGAGAAGAAGGAGAAGAACGAAGAAAAGUCAAAUGACGUGCGGAUGUGUCAGAAACGUGGUCCUGUGGUCGAUCUGAAGCAGCUCGGAUGGGGUCGAUGGGUGAUUGCUCCAGCGGAAUUCGAAGCCGGAUUCUGCUCUGGAAUAUGCCCAAAUCCGCUUCCAAAGGAUAUGCAUCCAUCAAACCACGCCCUGCUACAGACCCUACUGAAAUCUGCCUCAGUGCCAUCUGUGUGCUGUUCACCGUCGCAGACGCGUUCGUUGACGAUCUUUUAUCGAGACGAACUUGGUCGAUCGACCAUUCGGAACUUUGAGGAUAUGAUUAUUGAGUCUUGUGCUUGUCAGUAG